CGUUAAAUGUAUGACUGGUCGAUGGUCUUGUUUUUUUGCUUGCGAAGCAAUAGAUGAUAUGGAGGAAAAUAAGCGGCGGUAACGAGCUAACCACCGGCAGCAAUGUUAAAAUAAUAAUUCAGAGUUCUUAUUCUUUAACUGAUUCACAAACAAUUACAACAGUUACCUUUUAAUUAUUCCACCUAAUCUAAUUUCCCCUUAACCCUUUCUUUCUUUCUUUCUUCUAUCUCUUUUUCUUCGAACCCUAUGGUGUUGAUCAACUGAUUCUCUCAAUGUCCACCCUGAUUCUUUUCAUCUUCUCUUCCCUCGCCUAUUAAGAAAGGCACCUCUUUUUUUUUUUUUUUUUUCUUUCAUAAAAUCAAAUCUUAUACAUACAAAUUCCACCACACGCACACGCUCUCUCUGUUUCCAAUUUCUGUUUCUUUUCCUUCUUUUUUUUUUUUUUCAAAAUUUCCUUCUUUACUUCUUCCAAAAAUUCCACUUUAUAUCCCAGUUAUAAUAAAGAAGGAAUCACACCCAUCAAAGAAAAGACACCCUUUUGUUUGAAACUCUUGUUUCAAGAAUGAAGAAAACAAAAUUUUGAAUACCCAUUUGCGAAUAAAGCCUAAUUUUUGGGCAAAAAAAAUUGCAUAUUUGUCUUUGUUGUUUUAUGAAUGGACAUAGAUAGCAUUGAAAGUGUUCCAUCCCCAGAUUUGAUAGAUGAGGAUGAGAUCCAUCACCAUAUCCAUCAAUUCCCUGCAGUCCCAAAGGCUCAAAUCAAUAUCAACAACACCAAUAACAACAGCAAUGGUAAUAGUGUUUCUUCAGCAAUUCAAUCCAUCAGUGUCCAUGAGCUUCUUGAAUGUCCUGUUUGUACCAAUUCUAUGUACCCUCCCAUUCAUCAGUGCCAUAAUGGACAUACACUUUGUUCAACUUGUAAAACAAGGGUCCACAACCGCUGUCCAACUUGUAGGCAAGAGCUCGGCGAUAUUAGAUGUCUAGCAUUGGAAAAAGUGGCUGAAUCACUUGAACUUCCUUGCAAAUAUAUGUCACUUGGAUGCCCAGAGAUUUUUCCUUACUACAGUAAGCUCAAACAUGAGGCCCUUUGUAACUUCAGGCCAUACAACUGUCCAUACGCUGGAUCUGAGUGUGCUGUUGUUGGCGACAUCCCAUUCCUUGUUGCUCAUCUGAGAGAUGACCACAAAGUAGACAUGCAUUCUGGAUGCACUUUCAACCAUCGUUACGUCAAGUCUAAUCCCCGUGAAGUAGAGAAUGCAACGUGGAUGUUGACUGUUUUCCAUUGUUUUGGUCAGUACUUCUGUCUGCAUUUUGAAGCUUUCCAGUUAGGAAUGGCACCUGUUUAUAUGGCAUUCCUUCGUUUCAUGGGUGACGAGACAGAUGCACGUAAUUACAGCUACAGCCUGGAGGUUGGGGGUAAUGGCCGGAAACUCAUUUGGGAAGGAACCCCACGAAGUAUUAGAGAUAGCCACAGGAAAGUUAGGGAUAGCCAUGAUGGUCUCAUUAUUCAGAGGAACAUGGCCCUUUUCUUCUCAGGAGGUGAUAGGAAAGAGUUAAAGCUUCGAGUGACAGGACGCAUAUGGAAAGAACAGCAGAACCAAGAAGGUGGGGCAUGCAUACCCAAUCUCUGCAGUUAGCGUUUUCCCAUUCUCACUCUCACUCUCACUCACUUCUCCCCCUUCUUUGCUGCCCCUUUUGUAAUAUUAGCAUUUGCGGAUAAUCUUCCAGCAUCCAUAUGUAUGUAUCCUGGGGGCCUAAGCUUUACAAAUUGUCAAUAGCCUACCAAGAAGAAAGGUUAUUUCUAGCUGUCUUGAAUUUUAUCAUUUUAGCAGCUGCGUGGUGUGCUUCAUAUUGUAAUUAUCCUGUUUUGGAUGCAUACUGAAGUUACUGCUAUAAAUAGCCAAAUCGUUUCUUUUUUCGUAUAGCA